GUGAGAUCUCCUCGCCUCCCGUCUACGCAUGUUGCCAACUCGGACAACGAGUAUGACAGCGGAUCUUGCAACAAGAUUUCCCCUAUCAUCCCAGGGCUUGGAGCUUGCCGCUCGUUGUGUGGCCGCGCUAUAGUCGGACGAACGUAGACGAAGAGACACGGCACUAAACAUGGAUACAGAACGGCAGGCCGAAGUCGAGUCGCCGCUGCUCGAGGACUUCCUCGACUGUGACCAGCUGGUCUCAGACUCGGACGGCGGCAGCAGCUCCAGCAGCGCGUCACCAAGGAGGACCCUCAAACGACUGCACAUCCACGUCGACAUGACGCGCGCCCCUCAAUACCUCCCGCCUUCGGCGCACCAUGCUGAGCGCCCUCAGAUGGAUGGCUUGCCCGUCUGCACCAGUGGUCCGCAAACAGUUGCCUUUUCUUCGCCCGACCUCGACCCUUACAGUGCUGUCUCCGGGGUCUCAUCGUUCAACUACCCGGCCGCUGUUGACCCGAGCCUCCUCACCCCGGUGUCCAGCGCAGGCAGUCCCCCUCUGCAGCACCGGCAAUCGGCAAAGCCUAUGCGAAACUACCAUCCGUCGCAGCCUUCGGCUCCCGCGUCGCAGGCGCCGACCCCUCCCAACACGUCCAAGUUGUAUUUUGAGAACUACGCAGUGAGCUCGAGCAGCCAGGGCUCCUCCCCCAUGACCGUGAACCCUGCCGCCACCGAAGGCGGACCUUUUGACAUGACGCCCUACAUGGCCCACUCGCCUCCUGUCAGCCACCAUCCUUCUUCCCCCAAGAGCGAGAUCCCGCCCCCGAUCGACCCGUACCUAGGCCACUUCGCCGUCUCGGGCACAAAUGACGGCGAAGUCACUCACCAGCCGCUCCCGGAGUACCACACCUACGGCGUCGAGGUUGCCGCCCCGGGAGCCUAUCUCGGCCAGUCGCACGUCCCAGUCGGCACGCCUCACAUGCAUCAUCGCAUGCCCUCAAACGGAGCAGCGCCCGUGCUGUCCCAACCCCAUCCGUCGCACUAUCGGCCGCCGCCAUCGCAAGUGGGGGCCAUUGAAGACCUGCGGGACCCGUCAAUGCUGCUUGGAGCAUAUCAAGCCCACGGGGCUCUCAGCCCCGGCAGGAGACCGCAGCCGCGAAAGAAGCCCUCGCCAGCGAGGAAACCUUCGCGGACACCCAAGGCGACGCCGCAUCUAGGGUCGGACGUCAACGGCCCGUUCAAGCACGAGGACGAAGACGAGGAGCUCACGCUGAACGACGACGCGCCCGAGGACGACAAGUAUCUCUUCCAGCUGCGGAAGCAGUAUCUAUCCGAGAAAGGCAAGGGGAUGUGGGAGGAGAUGAAGGCGAAGUACUCGGAGAAGCACCAGGGUAACUGGGAAAAGGCUGCCCUUCAGAUGAAGGUUUCUCGCGCAGUGGCCAAGUAUGGCGUGUGGCCUGAGAAAGAGAUUGAGCGGCUAAAAGAAGCCUUCCAUUACUUCGAGGAAAAACGGUACCACUUCAUUAUCGCCCGGAUGAAGGAGAACGGCGGGUGCCGAGCGUGGGACUGGAAGCCCGCGCAUAUCGAGUGUCAGCUCGUCAAGCUGGGCCUAGAAGAGCCGACCGUGAACGAGAAGACGGGCUCGCGGCGGCGCAGGCAGAAGGCGGCGAGGAGGCAGGCGAGUCCGCAGAACGGCGGGCAUGCCGUCAUGGGCGACUGGGGCAACGGGCUCGGCCUGCAACAUGCCGGCUUUCACAGCCACGCACACCAGGUUGCGGUCCAAGCAGCGGCCCGCCAAGGCGGCCCCUACAGCAACCACAACAACACCACCACCACCAUGAUGGGCGACAGCCACUUCGGCGCGGCCCCCAGCCUGACCCCGGCGCAGACAGACGAGCUCAUCAACCAGGUCUUCAGCAAGGUCAAGGAGGAGGACAGCCUCAGCCCCGACGAAGGCAUGGAGGGGUUCUCGUACGACCACGACGCCGGCUCGAGACGCCCUUCGACGUCGGCGGCUCGCGAGCUCGACCAUCAGGGCAGCGAGCGGGUGGCGCGGGGCACAUGCCAGCAAAUGCUCGGGAACGCGUACGGCGCGCAAUAACGCGGGGACACAGCGAGUUGAGGCGAGAGAGGAGCGGCAGCAGAUGGCGGGGGAUGAGGGAAAGCAGCAAAGAGCAAACCGUCG